GUGCUGAAAUGGAUUAGGGACUCUAAUGAUGUUGCACAGUACCUGGCUUCUCCUUCCAUGGCAGGCUCCUCACAGACCUCUAGCUCCUUCUUUAUUAUCUCAGCUUCUGCGGAUUUUUCUUUCAGGGAAAAUCGGUUCAAGAUUUUGGGUAGCUUGUUGGAUGAAAAGGGCAUGGAUUCAGCAACUUGACAGCCAGGAGUAUGAGUUUGGAGUGGGGAUGAAGAAGGUUGCAGACAAAUCAGUGGUGUGCCAUAAGAUGAACUACCCAUAUGCUGUUUUCUACUGCCAUACCUUCACUAAGACACGGACUUACAUGAUUCCAUUGGUGGGUGUUGAUGGAAGCAAAUCUAAAGCCAUGGCAGCUUGUCACAGUGAUACAUCAGCUUGGCACCCACAGCAUGUGGCCUUCCAAGUGCUCAAAAUUAAGCCAGGAACGGUCCCAGUCUGCCAUUUCCUUCACAACAAUGCCAUGGUCUGGAUUCCAAAGUAAGAAUCAGCCUCAAGCCUCAAGCCCAGUUGCAUUAUCAGUUCCAUCUUAAAGCUGUUUGUAGUAUGAAUGGUUAGAAUAAAAAAUUAAAUAAAAAAAAACUUUAUUAAAUAAAUAAACUUUAGUUAUUUUA